AUGGCUUUGGUCGAUCUAACAAAUGUCACAAAUUUGAUAAGGCAAUCUGUUCCUAACAUUGAUGAUACUAUCGUUGAGUAUAUUGUUGGUUACCUAAACGAAACACAGUCUGGAGGUGAUGGUGAAGAUGUGAUUACAGAUUUUGUUCGACCUAUUCUAGUAGAUGCAGGUGGCGAGGAAGAAAGAAUUCAAAAACUAUGCGAAAG